AUUUAAAAGCAUUGCUCGGAAUGAUCCAAGUCAGUGUCGAGUCAGCGACAAUUCGAGCAGCAACAAAUAUAUUCUGGAUAACGAUUGUGUUUAAGCGUGUAGAACUGGCAAAAUAUCUAUACGUACACAAAACAACCAUGAGAGUUGUGGUAUUUAUUUCAUUGUUCGCAGCCAUUGCUAUUGCUCUUCCACAGCAAUAUUACCGACAAAAUGGCCAGCAUCAGCAGCAGGGACAUCGGGUCCCCAUCAGCAGGCAGCAGUGGGCAGCUCUGAACCCAUACGGCACCCCGUCAACUCAUUAUGGGAAUAAUCCACACAUUCAGAAGCAAUGGGAGAGCUUGUACAUACACCUGCCAUUUCUGAGGGGUCCUCCUGGUUAUCCUGGAGCUAAGGGUGAAACUGGAGCGACUGGAGCUCCUGGUCAUCCGGGCGCACCCGGAGAAAAAGGCAAACAUGGCAAUCAUGGUGCACCUGGAGAGAAAGGUGAAAAGGGCGACACGGGAGAAAAAGGAGAAAGUGGCGACGAUGGCAGCAAAGGUGAGAAAGGAGAACCUGGUCGGGAUGGACUCAAUGGAGCCCCUGGAAAGAUUGGAUAUCCCGGUUUUCCUGGACCCCAAGGGCCAAAAGGCAACACGGGAGAACCUGGUUACGUUAUCCCUUCUAAAAUCCCUGGACCUCCUGGUUUUCCCGGAACCCCUGGCAAAGACGGUGCUCCAGGUUUUCCUGGUAGUCCAGGACCCAUCGGUCCACCUGGCGCAACCGGAGAAAAAGGCUCUCCCGGUGAAAGCGGUCCAAAGGGAGAAGACGGAGAUGAUGGUGAAGAUGGGUCACCAGGUAAAGAUGGAGCACCCAGUUUUGUGGCGGGACCUCCAGGACCACCCGGCCUUACUAUUCAUGGUAAAGAUGGAUAUCCUGGCGCUGAUGGUAUGCCUGGAAAGGAUGGACGUCCUGGUGAACAUGGCGAAAAAGGUGACACUGGAGAGAAAGGUUCAGCAGGAAAAGAUGGGCUUGCUGGAAUUCCAGGCACUCAUGGCUUUCCCGGCCCGAAGGGGCCUCCCGGUCGGCAAGGAUAUCCUGGCUUUCCAGGUCCCGUAGGGCCAGCAGGAUCGACAGGUAGAACCGGCCAGCCCGGAUAUCCAGGUCCAUCUGGUUUUCCCGGUAGUCCUGGUCAUCCCGGUUCUGCAGGAGCUCCUGGUUUCCCGGGAAUCUCCUAUCACUCUUUCGGUCCUUACUUUACGAUUCCCGAUAGCGUUUGGGGCUCGAGCUACGAUUCGUCAGACUCAUUUUGGAAAAAUUAUAAUAGGCGCGCUUCCAGAUAUUAGGCAGAACACGACCGUGUAUGUGGGCAAAGUAGAAAUAUCGUCUUUUUCAUCCGUGGUUUUCUUUCUUUCAUAAAAUAUCAAUUAUAUAUCGUAAAAAGUUUAAGGAGAUGUCUGUACUCUGUAUUGAGAGCCUUGCUUAAUUGUAGCGCUGAAUGUGAAUAAAUGUUGGAGCUGAAUAUAAGCCUAAUACAGUUAAUUACAUGGUA